AUGGAGGCGCAAAAGCAGGAUCUAAUAGUUUACAGCGAUCAUACGACCAUUACACCGUCUCUGUUCAAAAAUGGUACCCAUAAUAUGAUGCUAGUGUCGUAUAGGAAUGGUUCAUCCCCUGUAUGGCUUUUAAAUGCGUUGCUAGAAGCGUUAGUAUUUAGAGAACCGCUUUCUUUAAACGAUACUACUUCCUCUUUUGAUCGACGGAAGAUAACUAACAAGCUUGCUAGCGUGGUUACCGUUGCUUCAUUUAUGCAUAAUACAAAUUACUUUACAGAUAUGCUAAAGAAGUCCAAAAUACCUAAUUACUGCGUCAAAUUGUUAGACUUUUGCACUGAUUUUGUUCUGAACAAUUUACAAAAAUCCUUGGACAACGUACUACAAGCUGUAUUACACCAAUUCCCCGAUAGCCCCGGGUCUGCAAUCAUACUGGAACAGCCAGAAAUGCUAAUGUCUCUAUUCCAUAUAUCUAGUGAUGAUCUACAUUCUAAGUUGAUCAGCCCUUUAAUGAAGCGAUGCUCUUUACUGAUUUUGGUUACGUCUGUUGACGGAUUUGAUAGCAACGCAGCUGAAUUUGACGGUGGAGAUGUCAUAGAGUUUGCGAGAUUUCCAGUAACUGCAUUCAUGAAAAGCAUUGUAUGUCUUGGUUUAAAACCGCUGGAUACCGGUAGAGCUAAUGAUGUUGCAGGAACUUUGAGAAUCACAUGCGGCGGCCUCCUACUAAACAAUGCGGUUCACGUAGUGGAAACAGAGUACUUGUUCAACAUUCAAAAAGAGACUACGAAACUGUUCUACAGAUAA